AUGUCGUUCAGGUACACAUCAAAGAAGUACGAGCGAGAUCUAUGUGAAGAACACAUUGUCCGGGUAGAUCAUGGUGGAUCGUGCAAUCGAAAAGUUAUAGUUGCAUGUACUGUCAUCAUAGGAUUUAUAUUGUAUUGGUUGUCGUUGAUCUCAGAGGAUGGCAGUCUUCCAAUAGCCAUAGCUGCCAUAUUAGUUUUACUGUGCUGUAUUUAUUUACAUUUCAUCCAAGUUUACCAAGAGUCUUUAUUAGUUGUGGCAUCAACAGGAGUUCAGUUCACAACUACUUAUCAAACAGGACGAAAGAAACAUUUAUUUAUUCCAAUUAGUUCAAUACAUGAUAUAGUGAUAAGUGAAGCUGUUACUAUGGUAAUUAUGGAUUCCUUCCAAAGAUAA